CGCGGAAGUCUGGAGCUGGGCUAUUACCGCGGGGCUGCUCGCCCUCCUUGAAAACUGGCGCGUGUUCCCGCAGAUCUGCUUUAAGCGGCCUCGCCGUCAGGCCCCAUCGAGUUGGGAUUCAGGGGUUCCCCGCCUUCGGUGUCCUCUCUGGCGUUCUGCUCAUGGCGACGGCCGCGACGGCCACAGCCUUCGGACAGGCGGUGAUCGGUCCCCCGGGCUCGGGAAAGACCACGUACUGCCUGGGCAUGAGUGAGUUCCUGCGUGCGCUGGGCCGGCGGGUGGCGGUGGUGAACCUGGACCCGGCCAACGAGGGGCUGCCGUACGAAUGCGCAGUGGACGUGAGCGAGCUGGUGGGGCUGGGCGACGUGAUGGACGAGCUGCGGCUCGGACCCAACGGCGGCCUGCUGUAUUGCAUGGAGUACCUGGAAGCCAACCUGGACUGGCUGCGUGCCAAACUCGACCCCCUCCGCGGCCACUACUUCCUCUUCGAUUGUCCCGGCCAGGUGGAGCUCUGCACACACCACGGUGCUCUGCGUAGCAUCUUCUCUCAGAUGGCUCAGUGGGACCUCAGGCUGACUGCUGUCCACCUUGUGGAUUCUCACUACUGUACAGACCCAGGCAAGUUCAUUUCAGUGCUGUGCACCUCCCUGGCCACCAUGCUGCAUGUGGAGCUGCCUCACAUCAACCUGCUUUCCAAGAUGGACCUCAUUGAGCACUAUGGGAAGCUAGCCUUCAACCUGGACUACUACACAGAGGUCCUGGACCUCUCCUAUCUGCUUGAUCACCUGGCUUCUGACCCUUUCUUUCGCCACUACCGCCAGCUCAAUGAGAAACUGGUACAGCUCAUUGAAGACUACAGCCUGGUCUCCUUUAUCCCUCUGAACAUUCAGGACAAAGACAGCAUCCAGCGAGUCCUGCAGGCUGUGGAUAAAGCCAACGGCUACUGUUUCGGGGUCCAAGAGCAGCGAAGCCUGGAGGCUAUGAUGUCAGCUGCAGUAGGCGCUGACUUCCAUUUCUCCUCCACACUGGGCAUCCAGGAGAAGUACCUGGCACCUUCUGACCAGUCAGUGGAGCAGGAAGCCAUGCAGCUGUAGCAGCACCUUGGAGCCCAGAGAGCAGGGUGCAUAACCGGCAGCGGGAAACAUGGAGGCUCCGGGGAACAGCCGGCAGCCAGCAGUCCGCAGACCCACGUACAAGUCCAGCCAACGCAAGGAGGCUGGCGAGGGGAUACUCGGCUCUGCAAAAGACUGGACAGAAAGCCAGACCAAGGGCAGGACGCCCACCACACUCUUGGUGGUGUCCUCACGCACUGGGCCCUGGCCCGGUGAAGUGCACCAGAAAGCCCAGUGGUCUCCAGUUGUGGGUUGUGUUGCAUUGUGCUAUAAUACAAGUUUACUUUCCACUUUUUGUGCCUUCUAAACUUGUCUUCAGUCCUCCAGGCCCAGGGCUUGGGGCAGAAGAGGGGAACAUCACUGUCCCUCCGGAGAGUCCUUCUCUGUACUGCUCAGUGUUUCUCCAGAGGAUAGCAUCCAUCUUGUACUCUCCUUUGGUGUUUUGUUAAUGUUCAAUUCUAACGGGAAACCUCCAGCUGAGUCUUCACAGCCACAGCUGAAGGCAGAAGAGCGAGGGGCUGUGAGGAGGAGGCUGUGGUGGCCUGAACAGUCAGACAGCAGACCGGCUCGGCUCCCACGCUUGUCUGCAGAGCGGGUAAUAACCGGGUGCUGCCUCCCCAGCCUCUUUCAUCUGAGGAGUUCAAAGAACUUCACCCCUAUUAAUACUCUGCCCAGUAGGUGGGGAGUACUCAGAGCAAGCCAGGGAAACUGAGGCAGGCUGCACAGCCUUGGGCCGGCUGAGUCAUCUGUGGGACCUGGAACUCAGGAAGCCUGACCUCCAGGCUGCUGGACAAAUCCUUCACCCAGGCCUGAGGGUGGGUGCUGUGCCAGUAGCUGUGGUCAUGGGGUGUGAUGCUCCCCUUGCGCAGAGGGCUGGGUGGCGCCAUUUCUGGCUUCGCAUCUCACGUCCAGGUGCCCUCAGCAUUUAUUUUAGAUGGAUGGAAAUAAAUCAGAACUUUAUUUUCAGGCCUUUAUGUAACAGCAAGAAUAUUUUCUUCCUCAGUAAUUGUAGUUUUGUUUGUUUGUUUGUUUUG